GACUGUGUCGGAUAUACAUGUACGUUCCGCUAGUGACGUAGACUAGACAAAUCCCCAUGAGUGAUGUUGUGGAGAUAACGAACUGGAACCCCGUCAGAAUUCGCGUUUACGCUUUCAAUAUUCCGAACAGUCCGCAACAUCGAGCGAACAGAAUCGUUUCGAGGGAAAUGCGGAAAAUGUUGCGAACGCGAGUGAUACUUCCGGUGCUGAUUUUCGCGUUAUGUUUGACGUUCUACUGUACAGCGUGUUCUCCGGAUAUUGGCCAGUCGUUGGACUUGAAGCAGUUUGCAGGUGAAUGGUUUUUCGCGGCUGGCACGCCGAUCAAUGAGAGUUUAAGUAGAUGUGGACGGUUCCUGGUUAGACAGACAUCUCCCAGCACCUUCGCGAUUAAAUUCACAGCCCUUAGUUACAAAAACAAUAUUCCAAUCAGUUUCAACGUUGAUGGAAGUAUCAAUGGAAACAAGAUCAUUGGAACUUGGCAAUUGCAGGGAUCUAAAAGGAUACUAGGACCGUUCCAGCACGUUAUAGUUGAGGCAAAGUACAAGAGCGUCGUUGGCAUACUAGUCUGUUCGGAUAAUGGCUCGUCUCACCAGCAACGAUACAAGUUCUCUAUGAUUUGGUCCCGUGAGAGAAGUCUGCCUUUGCCGGUUUUCAAAGAGAUCAAGUCCAAACUAGGAGUAUACAUUAAUCAAGGGGAAAUUCGGAUGGUAGAUCAUGGAAACUGUUAAACAAACCGUAAACUUCCACGCUACACCGCGUCCUAUAAUUCACUUUCCAUACAAUUAAUUCAUCUUAUUUAUGGCAGAUUGAAUUAAACGUGAUAUUGGAAAAUUUACAGACUGUUGUCGGUUUUGAUAAAUCAAUUAUAAGUACCUAGUGGUUUUAAGUAGAUCGUAUAUUUUAAGCGACUUCUUAGAGAAAUACCAGCGCAGUCAUUUCCGGAGUGUAAUUGUGCAGUAUAAGGACCGCUCUCGUUGAAUGAAUCAUUCAAGGAGGGUUAGAACUGUAUUCGUUCGUCUCAUAAAAUAUUCAGCUAAUAACCAACCGUUCCAAAAGCAUCAACACCUGCGGUCGAAAUGUAUCUUGAAACACUUGGCCAUACCAUUGCCUGUGGAACUAUUUCAAAUGAUUUUCCAUUCACAGAA